UAACUUCCGGCGUGAGCGGCGAAAGCCGGGAGGGCGAGCGAGAGAGCGAGCAGGCAGCAGGCGGGCGGGCGGACGGCACGGAGGGAGGGAGCGAGCAAGCGAGCAGUGAGUGAGCCAGCGAGGGCGGCCGCGUCCCUAGAACAGCCGAGAUUCUUCCCGUCCCUCUGACCCCCUCCCCGGAGCCCACAGCGCCUCCGGUCUCCAGUGGAGCGGACACGGCCCGGCCCGGCCAUGGCCUCGUUGCUGAAGGUGGAUCAGGAAGUGAAGCUCAAGGUUGAUUCUUUCAGGGAGCGGAUCACAAGUGAGGCAGAAGACUUGGUGGCAAAUUUUUUCCCAAAGAAGUUGUUAGAACUUGAUAGUUUUUUGAAGGAACCAAUCCUAAACAUCCAUGACCUAACUCAGAUCCACUCAGACAUGAAUCUCCCAGUCCCUGACCCCAUUCUUCUCACCAAUAGCCACGAUGGACUGGACGGUCCCACUUACAAGAAGCGAAGGUUGGAUGAGUGUGAAGAAGCCUUCCAAGGAACCAAGGUGUUUGUGAUGCCCAAUGGGAUGCUAAAAAGCAACCAGCAGCUAGUGGACAUUAUUGAGAAAGUGAAACCUGAGAUCCGGCUGCUGAUUGAGAAAUGCAAUACGGUCAAAAUGUGGGUACAGCUCCUGAUUCCCAGGAUAGAAGAUGGGAACAACUUCGGGGUCUCCAUUCAGGAGGAGACAGUUGCAGAACUAAGAACUGUUGAGAGUGAAGCUGCAUCUUAUCUGGACCAGAUUUCUAGAUAUUAUAUUACAAGAGCCAAAUUGGUUUCUAAAAUAGCUAAAUAUCCCCAUGUGGAGGACUAUCGCCGCACCGUGACAGAGAUUGAUGAGAAAGAAUAUAUCAGCCUUCGGCUCAUCAUAUCAGAGCUAAGGAAUCAAUAUGUCACUCUACAUGACAUGAUCCUGAAAAAUAUCGAGAAGAUCAAACGGCCCCGGAGCAGCAAUGCAGAGACACUGUACUGAGGCCAGGGCCAGGGCCAGGGGACUCUGUGAGUCUGGCUCAAGACCGACAUUGCCUUGGUUUGUUACAUGACUAUCGUGAUGGGGAAACUGGCUGGAAAUAGUAAUCACACCUCUCUCUGUUUUUAGUUAGAGUCUAAUGAAACUCUCAUGUAGUUCUGUGACGUGUUUACCUCUUUUUUCAGGCCUCAGGAACUCUUCUCUUUCCUUCCCUAAUACCCCACACCCGACUUGUCCUAAUUUCUGGAGAAAUCCAGGUUUGUGUCUGCAGGAUGUUGGCACAAGAAUACUUGUGUUUUCUUUCCCUGCCCUCUCC